UGAAAGAUGUGUAUCAGCCAACUUCAUAGUGAGACCAGUCGGACACGUCUGACCACUCUUUGUCACUCAGGUGAUGAAUAGAGCACCACCCUCGUCUUGACGUGGUACUCAGGUGUCAGCAAAUCAGGUGGUGGCCACUGUUAUAUCACAGGUUCUCUUUAAAAACAGCGUUGUUGGGCUGAAGAUCAUAUUUUACACCGACUCUAACUUGAGAACACAGAAAGAAAAGCCAUCAAGAUGCCUGCCAGCCUCUGUGGUACAUGGGAAAUGAUCAGCAAUGUCAACUUUGAGGGCUACAUGAUUGCACUUGGCAUCAGCACCUACCUGCGAAAAAUUGCUAUGAAGUUGAAGCUGAAGAAGGUGAUUGAGCAGCACGGGGACAAGUAUGUCAUCAAAACCAUCAGCGCUUUCCGAACUUACUCCGUCUCCAUCAGAGUGGACGAUGAGUUUGAGGAGUUUACGAAGGGCCUGGACAACAGACACGUUAAGUCACUGGUGAGAUGGGAGGGAAAGAAACUUGUGUGCACACAGACUGGUGAGAAGAAGAAUCGGGGAUGGACUCACUGGAUUGAGGAUGGCAAGCUCCAUCUGGAGCUGCACUGCGAAGGACAAGUCUGCAAGCAGGUUUUUAAGAAGAAUGUAAAUGAAUGAGGAGGAAUGAGAGAAGCAUUUUGGGAGAAGGCAAUCAGUAAUGAAAGGCAUUGUGUGUCAGAUCCACCAAUGUCAACCCUGAAGAACAACACUGCAAAAAGACGGUGGUAUUUUUCUCUGCAAUACAGCUCCCAACAUUCAUCAGGAGAAGAGGAAAUGUCUGUCCUGUCAGGGAAUGAAUUUACACCAACAGAUGGCAUUGUUGCAUCACUUUUGGAAGAUGAUGCAGCUUCUUGGGGAGAGACAAAAGUCCCUAAUCUGUCUGAAAAAACAAACAAAGAGAAACUAUGCAAAUAGAUGUACUGUACAUAUAUUUAGAUAUGCCUCUGUGUGUGUAUAUACUAUAUAUAUAUAUAUAUAGGGUGAAAGAGAGAGGAUGGACAACAUUAUUUGUCCAUCAUACAACUUGUACUACUUGUAAAAACAUUUAGAGCCAAUGUCAGAUAAAUUGAUUGCACAAUAUUUUGUUGUAUUAUAUUUUUACUAAAUAAAACUUGUUUGAAAGAG